GAAACCACAACGCUAUCCCAUUCCUCACUAUACUUCCACCAACACAACCUCUCCCUCUCUGCAAUGGCUUCCUCAGCCAAGCAAUUUUCCCUCUUCCUCCUCCUUAUAACCCUCUUAUCUCCAUUGCAUACUCAUGCAGAUACUCGCCAAAUCUUCAACAAAGUCCCCAGUACUGGCAACAAAAAUGCUGUCCCAAACGAUGUUAAAGAAGCUCCAAAUAAUCAACAAGAACAACCCAACUUCCUCCCCGACAAUGGAAAUAGUUACGGCCUUUACGGCCACGACACCGGCCUACUCCCUCCAUCCACCACCACCGGCGAACCAGCCAGCACCUCACUAUACGACACUGAAACCAAACAACCAGUCCACAAAUACCUGCCCAAGAACUACAACACUGUGGCAUAUGUCACUGAGCCAGAAGAAGUAAGCGACAGCAACACAUUUGCGCAAGAAAAAACUUACACCACAAAUCCUAACAGCGACAACGUGAACUAUCACAAUGCCCGACAGAACUAUUACAACAGCCAGCAAGAAGAAGAGGAAACAGAGCACAGAAGCUACGCCGCCACCACAAACAACAGAGACAACAACAAUUACUACUACUACAACGGCGGAAGCAGCUUCAAUAGCCAGGCCCAACCCCAAGGGCUGAGCGACACCAGGUACAGGGGCGACGCCACCUUGAACAGGCGUGAAAGAAACUCCGACAACGGCUUCGAGCCGCAGGGAAUGAGCGAUACUAGAUCAGUGGGAAAUGGGAAGUACUAUUAUGAUAUUAACACUGGGAGAUACAGCAGAAACCACCCGUAUGAGAGCCUGAGAGGGGUUGGAGCAAGAAAUGCGUACAACAACAGGAAUUACUAUGGAAACAGUGAAAACAAUGGCUACGAGUUGAGCAGUGAAAACUCCAUUGGAGGAGGAUAUCAGAACCAAGAAGAGUUCCAAGAUGAAGAAAACUACACUAUGCCUUGAGCUUGAGUGAGAUGGAUGAUGAGCUAAUUAAUCUAGUCAGAGUCUCCGUCGAUGCUUUUCACUUUUCAUGCUUCUCUAAAUUAUGGCUAUUUAGUACCAAAACGAAAUUACAGAUUUAUUUAUGCACUGUUUUUCGUUUUUUUUGGGUUUCUUCAUGUGGCUUCCAUGACUAGAAUAUCAAAUAUGGGCUUCUUGAUUUUGUACUCUCCAUGUGUCAUCAUGAAUUAUAAUGUUGAAUAAAUUGUAUAUUAAUUAAUUAA